UGACAACAUUACAGUAUGUGUGUAGUUAUUACGUUGUGUUUUAUUUCCUCUGAAACAGAUGUGUAGACAUUGGAGUUCUUAUAUUAAUUAAAUCUUUCCAAUCUUAGAAUAUUGACAAUAAUAAAGGUAAUCAUGUUAAGUUAACAAUAUCAUGUUGCAUUAUAUUCUUCAUUAAAAAAGUAAUUAUUUUUUGUCGACAGUAUUUUUGCUUUGAGAGAAACCGGUUUUUGUUUUUACACUUAAAUUAAGGAUUGCAUCUAAUUACAUUACAUUAAUUACAAGUCAAUUGGUGAUUUUAUAAUGGGAGUAUUUUUGUCGAGGUUUGUUAAAGUUAGAACCAUUUUUGGAUUUAACCACAGAAGAAAUAAUACUACGCGAGAUGUUUACCGUGAAGGCUGGGAUGCUUUAAUGAAGGCAUCUAACGAUGGGAAUGAUGCGUUAGUUGCAAUUCUGCUCAGUCAGGGAAGUGAUGUUAAUUUGAAAAAUUAUGACGGAAAUGACGCAUUGAUGUUGGCAUCACGUAACGGGCAUGAAGCAUGUGUAGAAUUGCUGCUAAAUAAAGGAAGUGACGUUAAUAGAUGCAACAAACAAGGAUGGAAUUCUCUUCAUUUAGCCACCAUUAGAGGGAGCGAAAGGUGCGUUGAGCUACUUCUAUCCAAAGGGAGCUGUGUUAAUAUAGUUGAUAAAGAUGGGUUUGAUUCCUUGAUGCUGGCUUCCGCAAAAGGGUAUGAGAAAUGCGUUGAGCAGCUUCUAAAUAAAGGUAGUGAUGUGAACAGGACGGAUCAGAAAGGAUGGAAUGCCUUAAUGUUAGCCUCUAUGAAGGGUUAUGAUAAGUGUGCAGAUUUAUUAAUCAAGCAUGGAUCCGAUGUAAAUAAAUCAAAAUUGGAUAGGUGGGAUGCAUUAAUGCUAGCAUCCAGUAAUGGACAUGACAAAUGCGUAGAGUUGCUUCUUGAUGCUGGUUGUGAUGUGAACGAAAUCAAAUCAGACGGCUGGAAUGUUUUACUGCGAGCAUCAAGUAACGGGGACUAUAAAAUUGUUGAGUUGUUACUAAAUAGAGGAUGUGAUAUAAACACACUGGACCAGUUUGGAUGUGAUGCGCUAAUUCUAGCAUCACGUAAUGGGAAUGCGAAAUGCGUAGAAUAUCUUCUCGAUCAUGGGUGUGAUGGGAAUCAUAUUGUUCAAGAUGGAUGGGAUGCUUUGAUGUUUGCAGCUCACAAUGGGCAUGAAGAUUGUCUCAAGCUUCUAAUAGAUGCGGGUUGUUGUCUAAGUCGUAUUGACAGACACGGUAGGGAUUCCACAAAUCUAGCAGCACGCCAAGGACAUUUAAAGUGUGUCAACGUCCUGAUUAGUCACGUUAUUGAAAAGGCUCUAGAAGGAGCAAUUAAUACAAACACUGAAACACACGCUACUAAAACAUAUGUUCAUAAUCAGUUAACCCAAAGAGAAAAAUCCGUUAUAUACAACAAACUUUUCAUUUUCCUAAUGGAAGUCUUUUUUAGUGCAUUCGAGUGUGGUCAGGGAAAUGUAGUAGACAUUUUGCUGAAUUCGUUUCAUAGAAUAGCUGGUUAUUAUGAUCUAACAAAAGAGAUACAUAUUAUCCCACGGAUUUGUUGGUGCUUACAAGAAUGUCUGAAAUCCGAAUUGCAAAAACAAUCCUCCAGCACCGUUGUAUUUGCUAAUAUGAUGAAAGAAUUUCAAAAUGAAUUGAACGAGGACGACAGACGCAGGUUAAAUGACAUAGAAAGCUCGCUCUCAUCAUACGCACAAAUCGUGUCAAAUAAUCUUUUAAAUAAGAAAUCAAAAUGUCAGGAGCUGUUUGAAAAUUUGGAAACUACAACAAAGGAGUUCUUGUACAUGACAACUUUUGAACCGCUGCAUUUUUUCGUCUAUCAAAAAAGUGUAACUAAAUGUUACUGUGAAAUAGUCAACACGUUCCAUUAUAAGCAGGACACUUUCUUUUCUCUGCUGCUGGAUCUUAAUUAUCCAGAUAGAACUCUGAAUUGCUUAAGGAAAGCAAAUCUUCUGAAUAUAACCGUGUCACGAUUUUCAUUCCAUUUGGUUCGUGAUUCACUGCUUCUUCUAUGGGAAGGUUGCAAAUUAAGUUUGCCAUUCGCUACUCGAUUAGCGGAAUGUAAUUUUCUGGUGAUAAUCACAGACUAUUUUAAUUGUCACAAAAAUGUGCAGUGCAUGGAAUCAGAUUGGAUAACAGACGUCUUUUUAAACAUGUUAAAAUCGAUGGCAGCUAGAAGAGAAUUAAAAGAAUAUAUGAAGACUAGCAGGCCAGUACUUUUGAACAUUUCGUUUCAAAAUCCUUUAAUCUCGCUUAUGAUUACACUAUUGCUUUGGGCAGGCGAAGACAAUACCAUUACAGAAUUUUUCAAAGAUGCUGAUAAGAAUAAUAGAGAGAUGUUUAUUGAAAAUAUCAAAAGAACAGUACAGUUUGAUGGAAGUUAUUCUAGGGUUAUGCCUUUAAUAGAAACACUUACCAACAUGCUAAAACAAAAGGAGCGUUUUGAUACAAUGUUAGUUAUACGCGUCCUGAAGGAUUUGACAGAUACAGUUAACACUUUGCGCGAAAUCUUAAGCAAUGACAAAUUAGCAGAUGUUCUGAUGAAGCUCAACACUAACAAAAACGAGGACAUUUCUAAAGUUUUGAACACUAUACUUUGGAAAACUGGAAAUGCAACUGGGAUGUUACCAUUGAAACAAGAUAUUUUGGUCUCUGAAAACUUCCCAAAUCAAUUCAUAAUAAAAGAAGAAGCGUUGGGCGAAGGAGCAUUUGGCAGUGUACACCUAGUCACGGACCUUAACCGACCAGAUGAAGAAAAAUAUGUUGCAAAACGGUUAAAAAUUUCUGAUUUUAAAAAUAAGGACGUAUUUACUAAUGAAGCGAUGAUUCUCUUCAAGUUAAAACAUAACAGGAUUGUUGAAUUUCACGGAUUUCAAAAAUUAGAAGAUACCUUUCUGAUUUUCUUAGAAUAUUUAAAAAACGGAACACUGGCAUCUUUCGUCUCAAAAAACAUUAAAUUGGAAGAGCAGUUAACUCGACAUUUUACAAUACAAAUACUUCAAGGAGUGGAUUAUUUACACCAAAAUAAAAUCUUACAUAGAGACAUUAAAGGUAAUAACGUUCUAAUGGUAGACGACAUGAACAUAAAAAUAACAGAUUUUGGAAUCUCUGAAAUUAUUGACGGUAGUGGAGUGGAAACAGAGAAAGGAACAAUUCGGUAUAUGGCUCCAGAGGUGAUUUAUUCUGAAGGCGGCAAGAUCACAAACUACACUAGUAGGGCUGAUAUAUGGAGCGUUGGCUGUACAGUUGUAGAGAUGUUGACAGGAAAACCACCAAACUCGUCACUUCUGACGCCACAGAUUCCCGUACAGACUGUCGUGAUUGGUGCACCACCAAGAUAUCAACUGCCUCAAUCAUCUUCUAGUUUGGUACUAGCGUUUUUAGACAGGAUUUUUCAAAGAGAAUCUAAGCUUAGACCAACAGCUGAAUGGCUGUUAAAGAACGAUCCGUUUUUAGAAUAAAUUUGUUGGUUUUUGAACAAGCUGUUAGGAAAGUUCAAGUUGAUAUAGUAAAUAUUUUUAUUUAGAUAGAUUCUGAACAUCAAACAAACAGUUGUAAAGGGUUAGUUACCAUUAAGAAUUGGAUAGACAAAUAUGUUUUACAAUAAAUAAGAUAUAGAUGUGAGUGUUUGUGAUUUCAUAUUGUACAUGGCUUGAAAAAAAAAUGAAAAAAAAUGUGCAUUAGGCUGAAAUGUUAACCUCGUAUUGCAGUAAUUUAUAUACGUUUCAACCCACACGUUUUCAAUGCAUUUUCUUUCCUAAAUACAGCUUGAUAUAUUUGUUGAUUUGUAUCGUUUACAUUGCGUCUGUCUAUUUUGAAUUGACUAUUUUUAAAUUAAGCCUUUUCGGAACCAUCAUUUAAACUCAUUUUCAUAAUUAUGUGUUGAGUAUAAUUUGAAUAAAAUAAUUUUAUAAUUUUUUCAUGAAUUAAAAUAU